GGUCUGGCGCGCAAAGCGCAAAUCUCGGAGGCGCUUAUACCUUCGCGUGCACGUCAUAGGUGAAUCUUCCGUCGUGGCCGCUUGCGAUUUCAUGCGGCGCAGACAGACAGCGUGAUAUUUGUAGCCUGCACAAACAUGAGCGCGUUCGGCAAGCUUACGAGGCUCUGCCACCUGCGGCAGAUUCUCCGUUUGCACAAGCACAGUGCCCGCAGUGCGUCCACAUCAUUAGACGCCACCAUUGGGCUGUCAGAAGAGCAGAUCCAAAUGCAGUGCAUAGCUGCCGACUUUGCCGAGAAGGAGAUGCUUCCAAAUAUGAUGGAAUGGGAUGAAAAGGAGCACUUCCCUGUGGAUGCAAUGAGGAAAGCCGCCGGGCUCGGCUUUGGAGCCAUUUACAUUUCGGAUCAGUAUGGAGGGUCUGGACUUAGUCGUCUCGAUGCAUCGGUGAUAUUUGAAGCCCUUGCAAAAGGCUGUGUCAGUACCACUGCUUACAUCAGCAUUCACAAUAUGGCACUGUGGAUGAUUGAUGCUUUUGGGAAUCAUGAUCAGAAGCUCAAGUGGCUUCCUGAGCUGUGCACAAUGGAGAAAUUUGCAUCGUACUGCCUGACAGAGCCAGGCAGCGGCAGCGAUGCUGCCUCCCUGGUCACCACAGCCAAGAGGGAUGGGGACGACUACGUCUUGAACGGCACCAAGGCAUUUGUCAGUGGCUCAGGCGCAAGCGAUGUGUACGUGGUGAUGUGCCGCACCGGUGGCUCAGGUGCAAAAGGCAUCUCUGCAGUCGUUGUCGAGAAAGGAACACCAGGCCUGAGCUUUGGCAAAAAAGAAAAAAAGCUCGGGUGGAACACGCAGCCGACACGGGCAGUGAUCUUGGAAGACUGUCGAGUGCCCGUCUCCAACCGGCUGGGCGAGGAGGGCCAGGGCUUCUCCUUUGCCAUGCUGGGACUCAAUGGUGGACGCGUCAAUAUUGCAUCCUGUUCCAUGGGAGCUGCGGCUGCUAGCAUUGACAUAGUGACUGAACAUUUGAAGGUUCGCAAGCAGUUUGGGAAGCCCCUUGCCUCUUACCAGAACAACCAGUUCAACUUGGCAAAGAUGGCUACGGGGCUUCAGACCUCACGCUUAAUUGUGAGGCGUGCAGCGCAGUCCAUAGAUGACAACGCUCCAGACAAGAUGACAUUAUGCGCCAUGGCCAAGCUACAUGCCACAGAAGUUGGCUUCAAGAUCACCAAUCAGGCUCUCCAGAUGAUGGGUGGUUAUGGCUUCAUCAAGGAGUACCCCAUCCAGCAGUAUCUGAGGGACCUAAGAGCACACCUCAUUAUUGAAGGAACCAACGAAGUAAUGAAGAUGGUGAUAUCAAGGGAUAUAUUGCAGGGCUGAAUGUCUAAAUAAUUGACAGGAAGCUGGUCUGUCUUCCCAUGGAAAAUUCCUCACUGUGCCAUGUGAUGCUGAAACAGCCCAUGAAACGUGCAUAGUGAUAAGAGCUCACAGAUGUAUUGAAUAUUUGUAAUGACAAGCUGGUGCCCCACUUGUGUGUGUGCAAAUGUGUAUUAAAAGGACAAUGGAGUGUAUAUAAUGUCGUGUAAACAUUAAAAAGUGUAAAUAAAAGCACACAGAUUCUUUUCAAA